AUGUCUCUCUUUCAAGGCACAGUUAUUCUGGGGACCGCCUUCGAGGUCACCCAACGCUAUACCGACUUGGUUCCCAUCGGCACCGGGGUGUCAGGAUUGGUCUGUUCCGCCAACGACCUGAUCACCAAGAAUGUGGUCGCCGUCAAGAAGCUGUCAGAUCCGUUCCGGACCGCUGCCAUUACGCAAUUGCUGUUUCGCGAGAUCCGGUUACUUCGACAUUUGAAACAUGAAAAUGUGGUGAAUUUGACAGACAUUUUCGUCUCUCCGUCAGAGGAUAUAUACCUGGUGACGGAACACAUGCGGACCGAUCUCUCCCGCGGCCUAAAAUACAUCCACUCCGCCGGAGUCGUCCACCGCGACCUCAAACCGAGCAAUCUCCUCAUUAACGAGAACUGCGACUUGAAGAUAUGCGAUUUCGGCCUCGCGCGCGUCCAGGAACUGCGCAUGACCGGGUACAUCUCUACCCGAUACUACCGCGCCCCAGAGGUCAUGCUGUCCUGGCAGCACUACAACGAGAAAGUCGACAUCUGGAGUGCGGGGUGCAUCUUUGCGGAGAUGCUGCUCGGCAAGCCGCUUUUCCCUGGCAAUGACCAUGUCCAUCAGUUCAAACUGAUUACGGAGACGCUGGGGAAGCCUCCGAGUGAUGUUCUAGGGAAGAUCAAGAAUCUCAACACACUAGGAUUUAUCAACAGUCUACCAGACUACAAACCCAAAGCAAUCGCCGAUCUAUUUCCCGGCUGUGAUCCGAACGCAAUCAAACUCCUGAAUCGGAUCUUCGUCUUCGACCCUCAAUCACGUCCCACCGCCAAGGACAUCCUCGAAUCACCCUUCCUCGCACCCUACCACGACCCAACCGACGAGCCCACAGCAGUGGAAAAGCUCGACUGGUCUUUUCUGAAAGAAGAGCACUCGCUCGACACAUGGAAGUUGAAAAUGUACGGCGAAGUACUAGGCUACCACGAACGAGUCACGCCGCCACAAGGCACCGCCAAACUCCAAGAGUCCGACCUGUUCGAACCCCCGAAUCAUAUGGCACACUUCGACAUGAUGGACACCCUAUAG